UCGCAGCACCCAAACAGUGUCGCAGCACCCAAACAGUAUCGCAGCACCCAAACAGUGUCGCACUUGAAAUGUUAAAGGUAUUUUUUGGGUGAGAGAGUGUCUCUAAUAUCAGAGAGAGUCUACGUGGAUGAGUUAUACGCGGGACUACCACAUUCGGCUCCUUAUUCAGCUGUACAGUACAGUACCUCUCUGCUUCAGACUCAUACUGUACAAAGAUGAGAUAGGCCUCUGUUCCUCUGAUAUUGCUACGAAAGUUAACUGAACAUUCCGGAUCACAAUGUUUCUCACUACCUGGCUUUUGUUGGCAAGUAUCGGCGCAUCGCAGAUGGCGAAUUUAUUAUUGCCAGGUUUUCAAGGGCGUUCACUUGAAGCUAGUAUCAAAGAGAUGAAUCUAAAUAUUACAACUUAUAUCGUGGUCUGCCCCAAGUCUAUUAAAGCAUCGGAGUGUGGGAUACCCGGGGAUGGCAUGACUGUCAUCGCUGCGCCGACAUUCGCAGAGUUGAGGAAUUCAAAUAACGUCAACAACACCGCAUCUUUAUCCUGCGACAUUGCUGGAACAACCUACGCAUCCUGCCAUGCACGGCAAACAAUCUCUGUACAGGCUACGUUAGCACCAAAAGACCUGAAUUGGAUGGAGAUACCGGUCAUCUCAACGACGGACCAGGCUAUAUUUGCUCCUUCAUCUUUACCAACUGGGAUAGCAAGCAGAAUAACCACAGACAUGUCAUUAGUCUCCCAUCCAACCGCCGUACAGGAGCCAACUGCAGAAAAUAUGGGACCCUCUAUAAAUGUCUUCUCUUGGGCAUUAUAUCGUAUUUCAGCUUCGAUGGUGUUGUUUUCUAUGGGCUAUAUACUAUUGCUCGCUUUUCUGGAUUGAGAAAUUAUCCCGUUUCAUCAUAUGUAGCCACCUUAGAUCGCGGC